AGCCGCUCGCGCGGCGUUCGAACUUUUCCGGGGAACGGGUCCAGCGCGUGAGCCGUAUGACGCACCCCGCUAGGGGGGGGCUAAUGGAGGCCAGAGGCGGGGUCUCGUGGGCCGGCUGAGGCGGGAGAACGGCGAUGGAGGUGUCGGUUAAGCUGAACGGGUUCAGCCGCUGGAUGGGAGACCACGUGUCGGUGGAGGUCCGGGGCUCUCUGCGCUUCAGCUGACGGAGUGCAGCCCGGAGCGGCGAGACGCGGCACGGCCAGCCUGUGUCAGUAGCAGCCGGGAACGCGGGAUUCGAGUUUCCUAUCGGCUGGGGCUGCACUAAGCUGGACGCUCCGGAUGGAGGCUGCUGCCGCCGCCCAGCGCGGACACUGACGUGGUAUAAAUCUCGUCAGGUGGCCCCGAUGUUUCCCCAGCAAGGUGGCGACCCUGCCCAGCAGCCUCCGAGCGGGGCCGCCUCUCGGGCUGAGCUGAGUUCCCAGCGGUUCCCCACCCUCGGGUAACGGGCUACAGGUUCCGGAGCCGACCCCAGCCGCAGGGUCCUGUGGAGCUCGGCGAGGGGGGCGCCCGGCCCCGGGCCUCCCCGCGCCCCGUGACCUCCGUGUACAAAUAGGUCUAGGCAUGUAACACUUCAGUUAUCUGGAGCUUCUAAACUGAAUCUUAAAGCUGUAGGACAGCUGAUCACAGAAUACCUAUGAAUUCAUCAUUACCACUCUCCGCUUCACCCCAGUUUUUUCUGUAGAAUCCUAGCACAGACCUUGAGAACAGCACCAUUCAGAAACAGAGGAAAGAACUCCAGCUGUUAAUAGCAGAACUGAAAGAUCGUGAUAAGGAGCUCAAUGACAUGGUUGCAGUACAUCAGAGACAGCUACUAGCCUGGGAAGAUGAUCGACAAAAAAUACUGACUCUGGCAGAACGAUGUAGCAGGCUAGAAAAUGAACUACACAAAAGAAAUGAGAUGAUAAGAACACUAACACAAAGAUUAAAGGUCUUAGAAUCUCAGCAGAAUGAUCGUAGGACAACACUUGAAAAUACUCAACAGAAGCUUCAGGAGCUGUCUCAAAAAGCAACAGAUGCAACUCUUCAUUGUCAGGCCCUGGAGGAGAAAAAUCAAAGUCUCAACUGUUCAGUGUUGGAGCUGUCGGCUAAAAUAGGCCAGUUACAAGCUAGAGAACAGGAACUCAUUACGAUGCUAAAGCUAAAGGACAAAGAUAUACUUGAAGCAACCAAUCACAUUACUGCAUUUACAUCUAAAUUUAAAAAGUUGGAAAGUGCAUUGCGUGCAGCUAAGAUGGGGGAAUCCAAUAUCAAUAAAGAAAAGCAGGAUUUCAAACUGAGACUGAAACAACUAACAUUUGAAAUGAAUAAAUUAAAAGAUGACCUCAGUGAAAAGACGAAAGAAAACAACGAGCAGCGGGAAGAAAUCAUACGCCUCAAACAAGAAAACAACUACUUGAAGAAUGAGCUUGUACUUAAUGUUGAGAAAGCAAAUAGACAAGAUCAACUUCUUCAAUCUGCCAAAUCUAAACAAGUCCGGACCAACACAGAACUGUCCAAUUUGCGACAGAUCUAUGUAAAACAGCAGCAUGAUCUGCAAUUUCUUCAUUUCAACUUGGAGAGUUCUCAAGAAUUAUGGCAGAAACACAAGGGGGAGGCACACGAAACAAAUGAAGAACAUGUGGAUCUGAAUUCCUUUUACUUGGACUCUCCCUGUUUGACGUCCACACAGAAGAGAGAUGGGCCCCAGAAAUGUGAGAAAUUCUUCGAUGCAGACCUCCCUUCAGAGAUCAGUAACUUAUCAGUGAUUCAGUCAGCAAAUAAGUGCACCAGUCCUACAGACUCCUGUUCACCAACAAGUAAGCUCCAGCGUUUGCUGGCUGAGUCUCGACAGAUGGUUGCUGAUCUGGAGCUUAGCACGCUGCUCCACAUUAGCCCCUGUUGCAGUCCCGACAGCAGCAGUGUUAAGAUGACAACAGAACUUACAGAAGCUCUUUGCAAAGUGCAACUGCCAGCUAUGGAAGAAAGUGAGACAAAACUUUCACUGUUUUCUUUAUGAUCUUGAAUUCCUUGCAUGUUAUCUGGAAGAAACAAAGAUGACAUCCUUACUAUCUGGCAAGAACAAAGAAGAUGUCCUUCAGUUUUCAAAAUGUAUUUUAAUUAAUAUCAUUACCACAUAUAAGCUACAAUGAACAGUUACUAACUAACUAAAUGAACAGUUAUUUGGUCAUACCCCUCAUGAAUGUUUGAAAAUUUUGCAAGUGCCAAAAAGAUGUGACUGUAUGCUGGAAUGUAUUCUAUAUUUGUGAAUAAUAAUUAUGCUAAGAUGAAAAACUGCUUUUUUUAUAGAUCAGUACUCAGGUUAAAUGCUAGUUGUUUUUAAAGUAAGAAUAUAAAAUGCGUAAUUGUUUACUCCAUAAAGGUGACAUAUUUUUUUAAAUAUAGAAUUGUUUUUAUUACUACUGCCAUAGUUGUGCAUAUUUGGUAUUUACAAUGUAUAACAGCAAAGUGUUAACUCCUGUUUGUCCAUUGUUAUAGUUCUGGACAUUUUGCCAUGUAAAUAGAUAUGAAUAAUGUUUAUAAGAAGCUGCUAAUUAGUGAAGUAACCAGGGUAUACCUCCUACAUUGCUAAAAUUUACAAAACCCUUCACCCACAAGAUGGGCAAAAUAACUCUUCCCCAGUCAUGAGCUAUUUAUUCUAACACAAGCUUCUUAUAAGAUCAUGCAUUGAUAUGGAUGUUUUUAGCAGUAUAUGACGUGGAUUUAAUAUGUAGUCUUUUUAAAUAUUUUAACUAUGCCUUGUGUAUCUGUGACCAUCAGAAAAGUAGAAACGACUCAUUAUUGCAUUUGAAAAUAUUUUUAACCAAAAAAAGGCCAUACAACCUAAUAAAUACCAUUUUUUCACUUAA